AUGGAGGCCGCCGCCGAGCAAGAGUCUCUCCAACCAAGACCGCUGCCAGAGUUUGACGUAUCUUUUCGAGAUACACUGCCAUCCUUCUAUUUCCACCACAUCAUCGACCCCAUCGCCGCAACCCUCCGCGUCGAAGUGCUAGGCCCCAACCUCGCAUACACCUUUCGCCACGACCGCGCAAAAGAGAAGCGCCUGCCAGCCUCCAACAUCUUCAGACGCCUGAGCUGCAAAACCACAGGCUUCCUCGCGCUUCGGACCGAUGCCGGCAAGAAGCGCAUCGUGCUCGCCUGGGCAGAGAGCGGCCACGGAAUUGGCACAAACGGCGACUUGCUCGAUCCCGAGCCAAGCGCCCUUCCCAACGACGUGUGGGCACAAAGAGUGGUUUCUGUAGGCAAAAUGUUUGGCUUGCGAAUGAACCGCCCAUAUGACGGCAGAAUCUCCGAGGUCGUGGGUCGAGACAUGUCGGGCAUAUUCCAGGGCGGCCACGUAGAGGUGAAGCUCGCGCUGCACGCCGUCUUUGUCCUGCUCAACAAGUUUGGCAUCACGCAAGACCUGGACAACGUUUCGCUCAGACACUUGAAGAGGCUGCGCGCCGCACGAUGGGAGGACGGCUCGAAACCCGCCUUUGAGAUUUACUUUUCGCGCAAAAACUGCCCCUCUUGCGGCAAGUUCGUCAAGACGCUCCAAAAGGCCACGGGAAUCAGGCUCAAGCUCAUAUGGAGAGAUCGUCUCGUCAAGAUAGUAUACGAAUCGAAGCAGAUAACCAAGACGGGCCCGACGAACCGGCCGCGGCAGCCGCAGCAAUCGCAGCCACAAGAGGUUAUUGACAUUGACAUGGACGACUGCGUGACAAUCAUCACCGAGAUGACAGAGGAGGUCCGCGCUAUUGACCUAAUCGACCUCUCCCGCGACCAGCGCUCUGCCGCCGAGAUUAUCAACCUCACCGGCGAUAGCUGCAACGGUGACACCGCCAUCAACCAAACCAACGCCGACCCCUCCACUCCCACCGAACACGCACCAGGAUCACUGCCCUCUGCAGCAGACGCUUACAUCGACGGCCUGGCAUAUUGUGUCGGCCAAAUCGAGCAGUGCCCUGCAGGCGCCCAAACCGCCAUCCUGGAACUCGCCGCGAAACUCCACCAACGCAGUGCAGCAGCAGCAGCCCGUGCCAACAUCAACAAGCCGCUCCCUGCCACGCCUCAGGUAGCACCGCCAGACUUUGGUGCCGAGGCCGCUUUGCCGACUCCGCCAUCCAGCGAUGAUAGACGUGACGACGAAGUGAAUGGCGAUGCGCUAAGAGCGUUACUAGAGAAUUCUCAAAACGAACAAGACGCCUCGAGUCCCGUUCGUCAAACGACAACUCGCAUUGAGAUUUACAGCGCUGGGGAUGCCGGAGCAGAAAUGCCUGCGUCCGCCAGUGGAAGGCAGCAUCAAGGCCACAAAAGGGCUUCCUUCUACAUUGAGAUUCCAUCUCGCCGAUGGGCCAGCUCUCCGGACCCGUUUUGAGUGCUGAAUUGGAGGAUGACCCUUUUUGUAAAAAGUAGUGGCGGCUAUUGUUAUCAUGUUUAAGAGCUCAGAUCUCAUGUAUGAACGCUACCAAGAGCAUCCUUAACAUUUCAUCUUCAUAUUUGGGCUUGCUAUUAUACAUGCCACAUUAUUACCACCUACAUAUCUUUUACACAAUACACGCAGUAUUUA